AUGAAGAUCGUCAUUCUUUUAUUUGCCUACGUGGCUUUGCUUCGUUUUUCAAGUGGCGCUUUGAAUAAUAGACAACAACAUGAUCCUAAUCAAGGACUUGCAAGUCUCCAUCCUUUUUAUAUUCCUCCAGCAAGCAUAAUUUUUAUUCGGAGAAUGAGAAACGGCGUCAAUAUACCUGGCCAUGCAGUUUACGGAACUCUGCACCAUGUGCCAGACCAUUAUCUUCCAGCAGAUUCUAAUGUACCAUUCGGGCACGCUUUUGUAAAAAUUGAAGAAGACAAUACUUUCUAUGCACGUCUUAUGAAUGACACCCGUGCAAAUAACCGCAAUAAUAAUAAUAAUAAUAGAAUACAUAAUAGAAAUAAUGCGAUACAUAAUAUAAAUAAUAGGAAUAAUAAUGCGAAUAAUGCUCCUAACGAAGUUCCAGAAUACGACUGUUAUAUAAGAAGGCCACCUCAUCGUGAUUUGACAGCUACACUUUUUCCUGUACACGAGGAUGGUUACGAGAAUGAUCAUCUCCCUCACGUUCAUUAUAUGGAUUCUGGCGACAUUAAUGUUGUGGGAGAAUUAACACGUUAACCUCAUGAAUGAAUUGGCUCCUCGUCAACCUUGAAGAAUUGACGCACCGUA